UUCAAUUUAAAAGGUUGUCCACUAUCUAUGGUUUGCUACACACAAUUGUGGCUGUCAAUUCUUCAAUUUCAAUUAUCAUUGUCAUCAACUAUUUGCAGUUUUUUUGAAAAAAAGAAACAAUUUAAACUAUUUUCUCCUUUGAAUACAAACAGAAACACCAUAAUAAGUAAAACUUUAUCCUGGCUAUUAAGGCAUGCUGCAUUAAGGGAAAAUUUGAAUGUGUCUCCUGAUGGUUUUGUUGACAUUAAUGAAGUCUUACAACACAAAAGACUCAAAAAAAUUAGCUGUACUCCUGAAGAUGUACGUGAAGUUGUAGCAACUAACAGUAAACAGAGAUUUACAUUGCGUGAUAGACAAGGUACUCUGGAAAUUUGUGCCAAUCAGGGUCACUCUUUUCCUGUAGACAAUCUUGAACUAAUUCCCGUUAUGCCCUAUGAAUUUGACUAUGUUAUUCAUGGUACAUAUUUGAAAAAUUGGGACUCAAUAAGAGUUUAUGGUUUAAAGCGAAUGAAAAGAAAUCAUAUACAUUUCUCUAGUGGUUUACCUAGUGACAAAAAUAUUAAGAGUGGGAUAAGAUUUGAUGCCGAAAUAUAUAUCUACAUUGAUAUAAACAAGGCAUUACUAUCUGGACUGAAUUUUUUUAGAAGUGUGAAUGGUGUGGUAUUAAGUUCAGGCAAUGAAGACGGAAUAAUAGAAACCAAAUAUUUUCUUAAAGUUGUUAAUGCUAGUAAUGG